GACUGUGAGUGCGGCGCGGGCUGCAGUUUGAACGCCCGGCUGGGGUGCAGAGUGCGGCCUGGGCAGUGGCGCUUCUGCAAAAGGUGUUUGAAGUUUGAGCCCUUUACUCUGUGAAUUCUGGCUCGAGUAACGUAUUCUUUUCUGUACUGAUUUUCCUAUCUGUGUUAUGAAAAUAGUAAUUUUCUAUGUAGCCGGUUUGUGAGGAUGUUUCUGAAAGCAGUUGGUGAACUAAAGCACAUAGAAUAGAAUGUCAGCUCUAAAAGAGCGAGGACUGUUUUGUUAAUAGCUGUACGGUCCCUGGACCAGAAAGAUAUUCAAUAAACAUUUACUGAAUGAUAAAUACACACUAGGUGUUAGUCUUCGCUUUAGAAAUGGGCUAGGUGCCUUCGUGACCAGGCUACAUGUUUCCUUAGCUUCCUCUGGCACGCAGGUUAGACAGCUCAGAUCCCCUAGUGCAGCUUGAUGACCCUUGAGAAUCCAGGGUUUUGCGUGGACGUGAGUGCUACGGCUACAGGGUAUCCAUCAACCAAGUCCUUUUUUAAAAAAAUGGAACCUUGUUCCUGUGACACUUUUGUGGCACUACCUCCAGCAACAGUUGAAAAUAGGAUUAUUUUUGGGAAAAAUUCAGAUAGACUCUGUGAUGAAGUACAAGAGGUAGUUUAUUUUCCUGCUACAGUUCAUGAUAACCUGAGAGAACGUCUCAAGUGUACUUACAUAGAAAUUGAUCAAGUUCCUGAAACAUAUGCUGUUGUCCUCAGUCGCCCAGCUUGGUUAUGGGGAGCGGAAAUGGGAGCCAAUGAGCAUGGAGUUUGCAUUGGGAAUGAAGCUGUGUGGGGAAAAGAAGAAAUUUGUGAUGAAGAGGCGCUACUGGGCAUGGACCUUGUCAGACUUGGCCUUGAAAGAGCUGAUACCGCUGAAAAAGCCCUCGAUAUCAUUGUUGAUUUAUUAGAAAAAUAUGGCCAGGGUGGAAAUUGUUCAGAGGGUGGGAUAGUAUUUAGCUAUCACAACAGUUUCCUGAUAGCUGACAGGAAUGAAGCCUGGAUUCUGGAGACUGCAGGGAAGUACUGGGCGGCAGAAAAAGUACAAGAGGGAGUUCGUAAUAUUUCUAAUCAGCUUUCUAUAACAACCAAGAUUGAUCGGGAACACCCAGACAUGAGAAACUACGCUAAGCAGAAAGGCUGGUGGGAUGGUAAAAAGGAGUUUGAUUUUACGGCAACAUACUCCUAUAUUGACACAGCCAAGAUGAUGAUUUCAUCAGGCAGAUUCUGUGAAGGCUACAAGCUUCUGAAUAAACACAAAGGAAACAUCACUUUUGAAAUAAUGAUGGAAAUUCUCCGAGAUAAACCAAGUGGCAUUAAUAUGGAGGGAGAAUUCCUGACCACUGCUAGCAUGGUUUCUAUUUUACCUCAAGACUCCAGCCUUCCUUGCAUUCACUUCUUUACAGGGACUCCUGAUCCUGAGAGAUCUGUUUUUAAGCCUUUCAUAUUUGUACCGAAUAUUUCACAACUGUUGGACACCACUUCGCCAACAUUUGAACUGGAAGAUCCAGUUAAAAAGAAGCCACAUUUUAAGAUUAAGCCUGACAGAAGACACCCACUCUACCAAGAGCAUCAACAGGCAUUGGAAGCAAUAGAUAAUAAAGAGGAAAAAGCCAAAACAAUGUUGGACAACAUGAGGAAAUUGGAGAAAAAACUAUUCAAAGAGAUGGAAUCAAUCCUUCAAAAUAAGCAUCUUGAUGUGGAUAAAUGUGUUAAUCUUUUUCCUCAGUGUGCAAAAGAUGAAAUUAGGAUUUACAAGUCAAAUAUUAGUUCUUAAUGAUCAUAUAAAUGGUCAGCAAUCUCCCUCAAAGUCAGAAUCAGUCACCUUGGUAAAUGAUAUAACCCUAGUUGUGAACAGAUAUGAUUAUUCUUUAAUAGCAUUCAAGUUAUAGCUUGACUGUUAAACUGCAUAUAAUUGCUGAAAUGGUGAGAAAAAACAUGUUGGAAUUGGACACAUACAUCAUGGGAGAACCAGCAGUUAGUUACAGCAGGUACUGACCAGUGUUACUUUGUUUUUAGCUACAAUAACUUUUUAAAAAUCACAAUAAUUAAAUAUUUAAUUCUGCAUAAAGCAUGAAAUAAUUAAAAUAAUGCAUGGAUUUAUGUUUAUUGUAAUUAUGUAUUGUCCUCAAACAAUUUUCUCAAUUAUAACAAGAAAGCACAUUUUUUCAUUAGUAAUGAAAAAUAUUCUCACAUAAUGAUUUUUUUUGUGCUUUAGGCAAGUA